GAUUACAAUUAACACUAGCGAAACCCUUAUUUAAUAAAUAAUAAUAAUAAUAAUAAGCUGAAUAAACAGAGUUAGUAGUCUUCUUUCUAAUUCUUUCUUUCUUCUUCGUCUUCUUGAUUUCUUCAAUGGACAAUGGAUCUCUCUGAAGCUCCAAGAAUGGCGAAAGAACCAAAUUCCGAUCCAUCCAACAACAACAACAACAACAGCAACAACAAAAACAAAUUCCUCUCAAUCAUGUCACAGCCAUUCCGGUGGCUUAAAAUGCUCUCAUCGGAGUUAAAUCCGAGUUUCAUCGCCGGUGUGAUCCUCGUCUACGGCUUAAGCCACGGCUUCUCCAGCUCCUAUUUCAAAGUCGUCUCCGAUUACUAUUGGAAAGACGUGCAGAAGCUACAACCGUCCGUAGUUCAGAUCUACAUCGGGAUAUACGCGAUUCCAUGGGUGAUGAAGCCGAUUUGGGGGCUAUUGACGGACGCGUUUCCAGUGAGAGGGUACUUGCGGCGGCCGUAUUUCGUGAUUGCGGGAGUGGUUGGAGCGACGGCGGCGGUGGCGGUGGCAGUGAAAGGGGGAUUGGGGGUUUUGGAAGCUUUAGGGCUUUUGAUUGGGAUUUCAGCGGCGAUGGCGAUUGCGGAUGUGACGAUUGAUGCUUGCAUUGUGAGAAAUAGCAUUGAAGUGCAAUGGUUAGCGCAAGAUUUGCAAAGCCUCUGUGGAGCUUGUUCUUCGAUUGGGCAUUUGAUUGGAUAUUCCGCCAGUGGCUUUUUUGUUCAUCUUCUCGGCGCUCAGGAAGCACUUGGAAUCUUGGCAAUUCCUCCGGCCAUGAUAAUUUUGUUGGGAUUCUUCAUGCAUGAGACACCCUCCAUCACCCUCCAAUAUAAUGGAAAGUCUAAGGCAGGAUCUAUAAAGCAAGUGGGAGUGGCCAUAAGAGACACGUGCAAAGCCAUCAAAUAUCCGCACGUGUGGAAGCCAUCCCUUUUCAUGUUCCUUUGUCUUUCUCUCAGUAUAAGUACUCACGAGGGGCAAUUCUAUUGGUACACAGACAAGAAAGCCGGCCCCGCCUUCUCUCAGGAAUCGGUAGGGCUCAUUUACGCAAUCGGCUCAGCGGCGUCGCUAAUCGGAGUAUUAAUCUACCACAAAACCCUCAGAAACUUAAAAUUCCGGCGAAUCCUCUUCUUCGCUCAAAUCUUCUACGGCGUCGCCGGAUUUCUCGAUGUAAUCUUCGUCCUCCGGUGGAAUUUAGCCCUAAAAAUUCCGGAUCAGUUAUUCGUCGUCUUGGAAGAGUGCGUUACUCGAAUCGUGACGCGAAUCCGGUGGACGCCGAUGAUGGUUCUGAACACUCGACUCUGUUCCGUCGGGAUCGAAGGGACAUUCUUCGCAUUAUUGGCUUGUAUUGAUAGCCUAGGGACGCUGUGCUCGAAAUGGAGCGGCGGAUUGGUCCUCCAUGCGUUUGGAGUAACGAGGAGCGAUUUUAGGAACCUGUGGAUGGUGGUUCUGCUUCGGACUGUGCUGAGAUUUGUGGUUGUGGCGUUCGUUUUUCUUGUACCUGAUGCGAAUCAAUCGGACAUUUUGGUUCCGGCUGAUCAGACGAUGAUUAGAAAGAGUUUUUCUUCGACGAAUGUGAAGGAAGAUGGCGAUAGCAUUCCUCUUGUCUCCAUGAAAGGCGAGGGGCGAGGUUAGUGUGUUUUGUUAGUGUGUACAGAGCUAGAAAUGUUAUGUGAAUUCGGAAAGGGAUUGGAAUUAUUGGAGUAUAAAUUUGAGAUUAUUUCAAUAUGAU